AUUUGUUAACAAGAAAAUGUCCAACUCGUUAAACUUGUAAUUACAGCUAAGUGAUCCGAAUCCUACCGCUACAACAACAACAUGUUACUUGAAAAAUAUGUGCAAAGUUAGUUAAAUAUUAUUUAUAUAUAUGUAUACAUAAAUUAUUGAAAAUAUUCACUUUUCGCUCACGGAUUUGUAAUUUUAGCCUCAAAAUUAAACGAUUAUAAAUAUUUAAUUUUUGAGGCCUCCUUCGUUGGGGGACCUAAACUAUACAUUUACCAAAAAUAUUCAACAGAAUAUAACCCACUUUUUAAACAUUUUAUUUUAAAUUAUGGUGGUAUAUCAAAAAUAUCAGAACAAUUUAGAUUUUAGAACGUUUACGUUUCACUUAAAAGACAUGCCAGAUGUGAUACCAACAACAAAAUAAGAAAAAACGUCAACUAAAAAGUGCUGCCAACAUGUCAUUAUUAAAUCACCUACAAAUCAAUUGGUACAACAGUAGCUCUACGUCGAGAUAUUUUUUAUAUGUAUUUCCUAAAAAGUGCUAGCUGAAAAUCAACCUUAACAUAAUCGCCUAAUAAUUAUUAACGAAAUUAUUGGGGGCUAUACGCUAUUGACUUCAGAUCCAUAUAUCGAAACAUGUUAUCGAAUAAAUCGAAUCGUCAGAUCGACCAUCUCUAAAUGUUUUUGUUAGUUAUAAACAGCAAUAUAAAAUAAUGGCGUUUUUGUUAUAGACUUGGAUAUAAAAAUGCAAUUAAAUAUGAGUAUUUCUUCAAUGUAUAUGUUUCAUCUUCAUUUUACAAAAAAUAUGAAAAGAUUUGAUUAAGCAUUAAAUCCCGUGAAAAAAUGGACUACUUGUUUGCUGAUUUAUUAACACGGGAGGAGUUGUUGACCAUUUUAAUAGAGCGGCAGCUGAACUUACCAAAUAUUCAGCAAAUGUCGAAUGAUGAACUAAUGCGUUUAUAUAAAAUAUUUGCGCUACCUUUAGCCCGCAGGGAAAGACAUCGUGGCAGGCGUAAAUUGGAAUAUAAUAAUUCAAGCAGGCAACAUUUAAAAGAUAAUAGUGUGACCUCAAUGGAAACUGAUGAAUCGGAAAAUACUCAACUAUCUGAAACAUCUAACGAAUCGACUUCCAGAAAAUCCAUUACAUGUGAGAAAAGGAUAUGUGGUUACAAACAUCUUCACCCUUUCACUGAUGAAUAUUUGAGUAUAGCAACAAAACGCAUUAAAAUAGCGUGGUCUUGAAGGUUCUUGAAUUACGAAAGAACAGAUAUAAUAAUGUAUUUUAUACUAGAAAUAGUAACAAGACUUUUCUUAUUUGUCACAAAUUAAUUUUAAAAUUUUGAAACUACGACAUCACGAAAGUAAGAAUUAAACAUUAGGGUCAUAAAUAAAUAUAUGUAGUAUAUGCCAAAUUACUAUAUACAUAAAAUUGUCCAAAUACAUUUGUAUAUGGACAAAUACGAGUAUGUAUGUACAUACGUAUAUGUCCGGUCCCUAGGUUAUUGAAAUUUAGUUUGUUUCAGAUAAAACACCUUAAAAUAAUAUAAUAAAAUAAAUAUUUAUUUGCACAUCAUCUUUAUACAUAUACAUAAUUAUGAACAUUCGUGUAAAUAUAUCCUUUUUGUGAUGGUAUCAAUACAAUUUAUGCAAAGGUAACAUUUUUCACCUCUACAUCUUUUGCUUAUAGUGUCUCGAUAAAAGGCAAUUCAUAUAUAAAUUGAUCUUCGAUAAAAUUAACAAAAACGUUGGAUCGAAACAUUAUACACUCAUGCUAACGCAGUUAUAUUUUUAUAAAUAAAUAUUAUAUUAUGUAAGUACAUGCGGAAAAUAUUAUAUUAGUGCUAGAAAUAUUUUUAUUUUUACAUAUAUACCGAUAUAUGUAUGAACAUAUGUAUUUCUGUAAACAGUGGGCUCGAUAAGUAAAGAUAGAAAGCACCCUAACAGGGUGCAUUAAGUUUGCAACACCUCUACGGAAAGACGAUUUAAAAUAUAUAUAUACAUAUAUAUCUGAUCAGCGUGAUAAGGUCGGUCGAUUUAGUCAAGUUCGUCUGUCCGUACGCGAACUAGUCGCUCAAUUUUUAAGAUAUCGAUCUGAAAUUUUGCACACGUCCUUUUCUUUCCGCCGAUCGCAACGAUCCAUUCUCCGAACAAAUUCUUCAGAU